AUGGUGUUUCCUAAAAUCAAUCAUGGGUUUCUCUCUGCUGAUCAGCAGCUCAUAAAACGCCGCCUGAUUAAGGGUGACCAAGGACAGGCAGGGCCUCCAGGACCUCCAGGCCCUCCAGGCCCUAGAGGACCACCUGGGGACACAGGGAAAGACGGCCCCCGCGGAAUGCCUGGAGUUCCCGGCGAACCAGGCAAACCAGGAGAACAAGGCUUAAUGGGUCCUCUGGGGCCUCCAGGACAAAAGGGUUCCAUUGGAGCACCUGGAAUUCCAGGGAUAAAUGGGGAAAAGGGUGAACCCGGGUUGCCUGGAGUAGUAGGACAGAAUGGAACACCAGGACCAAAGGGAGAACCUGGAGAACAAGGAGAAAAGGGAGAUGCUGGAGAGAAUGGUUCCAAAGGAGAUACGGGCGAAAAGGGUGACCCCGGAUCAUCUGCUGCAGGAAUUAAGGGAGAACCUGGAGAAUCUGGUCGUCCAGGGCAAAAGGGUGAACCAGGGCUUCCUGGGCUUCCUGGACUUCCGGGGAUAAAGGGAGAACCAGGUUUCAUUGGUCCUCAGGGAGAACCAGGCUUACCAGGGUUACCAGGCACAAAAGGUGAACGUGGGGAAGCAGGACCUCCUGGAAGAGGUGAGCGAGGGGAGCCUGGAGCCCCUGGACCAAAGGGAAAACAAGGUGAAUCAGGAACUAGAGGCCCAAAAGGGUCAAAGGGUGAUCGUGGAGACAAAGGGGACUCUGGAGCUCUGGGACCAAGAGGUCCACCUGGUCAAAAAGGAGAUCAAGGAGCUACCGAGAUCAUAGACUACAAUGGCAACCUUCAUGAAGCCUUACAGAGGAUUACCACCUUAACUGUCACGGGCCCCCCUGGACCUCCUGGACCUCAAGGACUACAAGGACCAAAGGGUGAGCAGGGAUCUCCAGGAAGCCCAGGAGCUGAUGGAGAGCAGGGACUCAAAGGUUCAAAGGGAGACAUGGGGGACCCAGGUAUGCCAGGUGAAAAAGGAGGAAUUGGACUUCCUGGAUUGCCGGGAGCCAAUGGAAUGAAAGGAGAAAAAGGAGACUCUGGAAUGCCGGGUCCUCAGGGUCCUUCUAUCAUAGGCCCACCAGGCCCACCAGGUCCUCAUGGUCCACCCGGUCCCAUGGGACCCCACGGACUUCCUGGACCAAAGGGUACAGAUGGUCCUAUAGGACCCCAUGGCCCUGCAGGUCCCAAAGGAGAAAGAGGUGAAAAAGGAGCUAUGGGAGAGCCUGGACCCAGAGGGCCCUACGGCCUACCUGGGAAAGAUGGAGAGCCUGGUCUUGAUGGCUUCCCUGGUCCACGGGGUGAGAAGGGUGAUCUAGGAGAAAAGGGAGAAAAGGGAUUCCGUGGCGUUAAGGGGGAAAAAGGGGAGCCAGGCCAGCCUGGCCUGGAUGGGCUGGAUGCCCCUUGCCAAUUGGGACCUGAUGGAUUACCCAUGCCUGGCUGUUGGCAAAAGUGAUGAAUCUAACCUUCCGAGCAUGAAGUUGUGUAUAUAAUGGUUCACUUUUUAUAUUUAUAGUUGAAAACCAAAUUGCAGAUUUUACAAGUCUGAGAUAUGUUUACACAGGGCUGCUUCUUUCUGUUGGCAGUAGAAAACAUGUCCAUCUUUUCUCCACUUACAUCUGAAAUUGGGCAAUUUUGUGAAACCAGUCAGAAGUCUGCAAAAAAAAAAAAUAGAUCGGUAUCUCUUUAUCUUAUGUGAAGAUAUGUAUUUAUAUGGACAAAUCAGUGAUAGAGAAUGAUUGUACUUGCUAUUUUCUUACUUUGGGCUUGUUAAUUGCAUGGACAAAAAGUGCCAUGAAAUAGUUUACAUGAAAUUGUGGCCAAAUAUGGACUCAAAGCUAUGAAAAAGUACCAUACUGACUGAUGUCAGUGUUUAUUGUCGCGUUCCCAUUCACCUUUCCUAUUCGCAUUGAUUCAUGCCCACAUUGCCCAUUGAAACUGACUAAAAAAGCAUGACUGUGUGCCAAACCUGCUUGCUGUGCAACUUCAGAUGCUAGCAUGCUGAUCGAGAGUCCUCUGAUUACAUCUGAGCUUUUAUUUCUUUUGUCAUCCCAAGGGGGUCACACCGUGGCUUAUUGCCAAAAAGAGAUAAGGUGGUGGAGAGCACACAUACAUUUGUUUUAUAUUUUGAGGGAGUUGUAGUCCCAACUGCAGACACAACUUCCAGUAUUGUGGGCUCGUGUGACCAUCUUGGUUAAAAUAUCAAGGGGUUGAUUGAGCCUGUUGCUGGCACCAGUUUUCCUUGUGCUGCCUUUGGCAGUGAAGACACCAGAAGAGGACGGGUUUAGCCUCCAGCGCUGUGUCUCAUGUGACCAAGUGGGAAAGAGGUUUACAAAGGCAAACACCCAGAACUGCAGACUUUUUUUUUUUUUUUAAUAAACUUAAUUCCAGCAAGUGUUAAUAUGGGUGCUUUUGGAAAAUGACAGAGGCAUACAGCACUCCUUUUGAAAUAGGCGGUUCUUGGAAUGACAGCCCCUGAACCUGAGGAAAAAGGGUAUGUACAUCCCACCGAGCUCAGGAUGCUGAAGAAAUAACAUGUUCCGAGAACAGGUUGGCCAAAACCCACCUCUCCUGAAGAUGUGGGGGAGCUUGCUGGUACAUUCUCUACCAAAGUUGAUGUGAGAGCUGUUCUUCCUUCUAACAUCUAACCUAUAUCAGACAUUUUCUACAAAGUUCUUGAAACAGAAAGAUAUUUUCUAUUCUUUCUCAUACUUUUUUUCUUUUCUUAGUCCCAGGAAUAUUUAGAAAAGAUUUGUUUUAGUUUUUGUAACAUCUGUUUUGAACAAUUUUUUAAGGGAAAGUCUUCAAAUCAAAAUGAUUUGACUCCACCUUGUACUCUUGUUUUGGACAAUUGAAGAGAAUAUAGAAGAAGCUCCUCUUUCACGUUAAUCAUUGUAAAGCAUCAAAGUUAAGCAUUUUUUUCAGUACUUUCUGAGAUUUUUUACAUGAUGAAUUACAUGAUGAAUGUAACAUACAUAGAGAUUAUCAGUUAAUAUAAAGCCAAGAUUUUGUCACAUUUAAUAAUAUUAACUAAUUUCUAUUCCUUAUGGUUCUAAGUUUUGUCUAUAUUUAGAUUUCUUUUAUAUAUAUAUAUUUCUGAAUGUUUGUCUUAUCCUCUUAUCCACAGACCAAAUCUGAGAUCUCAGAAAGCUGUGAAAUAUAGUUGCCAUAAAGAGUGAUUGUCAUCUACUUGCUCAAAAAUUACCUAGCCACAUUAGGCUGAGCAUUUCUUUGCACAGUAAAGAGUUGACAGCAUGUUUUGAAAUGGCUUCUUCUAAGUGGAAAGGCUACAAUAGGAGAAACACAAUGAGGAGGAGUCACCUUUUCUGCCCAUUAGUGCAUUUCGUUUGUCUCACUGCCAUUUUGUGGGAAAAUUUCUAGUUUCAUGCAUAGGUUUUCACCACCAGAGGGGAAAUCAGGUCAUCAUUGUCUUAUGGUAACAACUGUUAAGAUAUAAGACCAGUAUCCUGAGGUCCUUAUGGUCUCUUUUAUAACCAAACGAUCAGUCUAUAAAAAAAUGAUAUUUUUUUCAAUUACUUUUUCAAGGCUAGAGAGAUGUUUAAACUAUUAGACCAGUCCAAUUGGAAGUAACAUUCCAUACCCCUAAGUCAAUUUACCAUUUUUUAAAUAAUGGAGGACAUUUUCUAACAACUUUUUAUAUGACAUGGUGUUAGGACAAAGUACUGCUCAAUGUCUGAAACAAUUUGUCUUAAACAGUUUGGAAAAAUGAACUGAAGUGGGUAUAACUACACUUUCUUCAGGAAAACAAACUAGAAUAUCUUGAGAAACGUCUGGUGACUAUAUUUCUUUCUUUCUAUCUUUCUUUCUACUCCUAUAGUAGAAAGAGGUAUUGGAAUGGAUCACUAUUUAAAACUCACACAGCUUCAGAAGAGAAUACCUCAACAUCAAAAGAAAAACACUCCAUGUAUAAAAAAUAUUUUUAACACAGUCCUUUAUUAUAGAAUGCUUUUCCAUCCUAUUUGUGUAUUGAGUUUGUGCUUUAUAACUGAUUUGACAACAUUGACUUAUUUCACAACUAAAGGAAGUUGUAAACAUUCAUUACAUUUAUUCCCUUGAGAAAAACAAAAGGAUGAUGAUACUUCUUGUUCAGUGGAAUUGCUAGGUCUUAACCACCAUGGAUAAUCUUAACUUUCUGGUUGCCAAAAUAUUUUCAAGCAUCCAUUUUGUCAUCAGUAUAGAGAAUCUUCACAUCAUUUCUAAAUGAACUCAUGAAUUAUGUUUGUUGAUAAUUAUGUUUGUUGUUGUUAGGUAAAAUAUUUUCUGUAAAGAUUUAUUUCUUGUAAUUUAUAUUAUUGGAUAGAGAGAUGAGAAAAUGCCACAUGAAAGACACAUUGGAAAUAAGGCAAGGUCAAUUCCUAUUUCUGAUAAGACAUCUUUGAAAGAUGCCAAAUUGAUAGGUGUUUUAGGUUUAAAGUUGUUUUCCAUUCAUGUUGGUGGGUGCUAAUGUAUUUCUUUUCUUUUUUUCUUGUGGACAAUGCAACUACUAUGGAUAAUUUCAUUUUUCUGUUUAAUAGCAUUCCUAAAUCAUUAGUGUGUGAUUUUAUUUUUAAAGUUCAUGAAUUUGCUAUAGUUAGGGUUCAGUAAGCAGUCUUUCUUAACAUAAAACAAAACAGUGUACUUGUAACUGAUGUGUGUUUACUCGGAUCUUGGAUCUCCUGAUUUAACAUUCAUGUCACACAUCAUAGGCCUUUAUCAACUUUCGUUCGUCUCCUCUUUUCCAUUCACUCGUCUUUUAGUUUCUGUGAUUUGAUGAAACAUGGAAAACCAGUGUUAGAGAAGUCUGCACAUACCAUGUAAAGUACCUAGGGCACAAAUAGGCCUAACUUUUUCUUUCAGUCUUCAUUACUCAUUAGCAAAAGCAGUCUUGGAGGAUUUUCCUCUCUCAUGUGAUUUUAUAGAGCAUGUAAGAAUAUCUUUAAUUUCUUCUAGAAGGAAGGUUUUGUGUUUGAACUUGCAGUCUGUGUACAUGAUGUUUUAAUGGAACAGUCAAGAACUUACACAUGUCUUUGGUCUAACUGAUAUAUAUAUAUAUAUAUAUAUCAGUUAGUUUAGAAAAUGGUCUAAUCAGCAUGUCAGCACCUAUGGAAAAAUUAUCCUUGGUAUUUUAUAUUUAUAUUGCCUGGGAAAUGUGCUUAAUUUCUAAUUUUUAAAAAAAUGUUACUAUUGAAGCAUAAAAAGCUAAUAUCAUUUGUUUUUUUCACCACUAUAUAGUGUCUUACUCAGAAUUGGACUGUUCCUGUGUGAUAGUGUUUUAACAUCUUCCAAGUGAUCAUAAGGAACAUAUAGAUGCUUACAUCUGAAACCCUGAUUUACUUUAUUUCUUGAUCAUCAAAUUAUAUUGAUAUUCCACACUACUAAAAAAUAGGCCUUCUAAUUCCUAAACAACAUCUAAACACUGCUAUCUCUAGGAAGUCAAAUAUCCAUAAGAACCUUAUCUUUCCAAAAAUAGUAAGUAAAACAAUUACAUGUGAUUCUGCUAUUCAAAUUAUACAUCUCUGGCGGAAUUAACAUACUUAGAGACACUUCUCUAACUUAAAUUUUUACUGAAUUUUGUUUUUUGCUAAUCAAAUACUAAUAAACAUAUUAAUGGUAUUUUUCACUAAAAUAUAUAUUUAAAUGCAUAAAAUUGCCUAUGCUGCUUAUUGACAGAACUGUCCUUUUGGGAAUAGGAAGACUUUUUCAACCUGAACCAUUAUGUAUGAUUUAUUGACAACUUAACAAAGAAAAUGCCAACAUUUGUCAAAAUGCAGUUGAUAACUCUCACACAUCCCAGAAAUAUAAAUAAAUUGGAUUCACAAAAGAAUGUCUUACACAUGGUUGACAUUUAUGUGAAUAUUCUUUAUACUGUUGUAAAUGUUUCAUUCAACUUAAUAACAUUUUUAAAAGAUGUAUGUAUCUGAUUUUUCUUUAGAAAAUAUUAUAUUUUUAUUUGUAUUUUUUACAUUUUAAAGUUCAUCUCUAUGUGCAGCUAUUUUUAUAUUGCCAAAAAAUUCACAUAAAUACAAAAUAAGUAGAAAAUGAAAAAAAAUUUUUUUGGCAAGCAUUACACUGCAUAUUUUUUUUUAAGUGUUUGUGAGCCAGUCUCAUGUAAUUGAUUAUUCUAAGAAUGUGUUGUGUCUUAUCACUGUAAAUAUGGCACAAACCAGUUUAAAUCAAUAGUGUAAAUAAUUUAAAGAUUUAAUUCUCUCUGUUUGAUUUCUUAUUUCAAUUUCACUGUAAUUUCUCCAAUUGACAUUACUGAAUCAAAAGACGCAUGAAGUUUUUGAUUUGCAGUUUGGAGAUAAUUGCAUUAUGUUCAGUUUGUAAUUUGUUUUCAUUUGCUUUUUAAACUUGUUUUCAUGGUCCCUAGUUUGUGAGAAGUUGAUCUUCAGAAUUAUUUUUACACUAUUUAUGACUUAUUUUCACAAUGUAAAAAGUGUGUAAUUAUUACAAUAUUAAUCCAAACAGUGAUAAUGAAUUGUAUUGUUAUAAAGCUUUAUUGAUGUUCAUGAAAA